CUCAUGGGCCCCACGCACCCACUCCCACUCCCCACUCCCACUAGCGUCUCCCCACACCGAGCUCAGUGAGCAAGAAGCAGCCGCCGCCGGAGCCGGAGCUGGUCGAGACUCGACGCCGAUGGCCGGGUUCGCCACCUCGCGGCCGGCCUCCCUCGCGCUGUGCGGCUUCCUCAUCUUCCUCAACGUCUUCGCCUUCCUCCUCGCCGUCGGCGCCGAGCAGCGACGCAGCACCGGCAAGGUGGUGCCGGACGAGUACGACGAGCGCUCCUACUGCCUCUACGACACCGACGCCUCCACCGUCUACGGCGUCUGCGCCUUCUUCGUGCUCCUCCUCGCGCAGCUGCUGGUCACCGGCGUCACCCGCUGCCUCUGCUUCGGCCCCGCGCUCUCCUCCCGCGGAUGCGCCGUCGCCGCCUUCGCCGUCUCCUGGCUGACGUUCCUCGUCGCGGAGGCCUGCCUCGUCGGAGGAUCAGCGAAGAACGCGUACCACACCAAGUACCUCGGCUACUACACAAAGCAUGACCUGGUCAGCUGCGCCGCGCUCCGCAAGGGGGUGUUUGCGGCGGCCGCCGCCAUGAUGCUCAUCAACCUUGUGGCCUCCCUGGUGUACUACUGGAGCUACUCGAAGGCGGCGGACGGCGGGUUCAUCAAGCACCAGAACGAGGCCGGCGUGGGCAUGACCGACUACGGCCUCGACAGGGGCGGCGGCCCUGGGCUCUGAGCGAGUGGGGUUUUGUGUUGCUUUGCUUGUCGCCUGGGCUGGGAGGUUGCUGUAACUUAUGUGUGCCUGAAGCUUUGUGCUUGCACUUGCAUCUGAUGAUCCGAGUGACGCAGAAACGGUACUGUAACUGCAUCAUAUGUUUAUGGUGUGGAUCGCCUUUGGGGUGUACUCCAGAGACAAUGUUGCAUGAACUGUCAUGGGAAAAGUAAAACAUUGCGGUGUAAUACUAUAUUUCCCAUGCUGCUUUAGGUC